AUGUUGUCGCAUGGUAUCAUAAGAGCUGCAGCCAACGGUGCUCGUGCCUCCGGUGCCGCUCGAGUUGCGAUUUUCCCGGUCGCCGCUAAAGCUCAAUGCGCUGGAGUCACAUUUUCCGUCGACGGCCGAAGGCGCAUUUCUAUGUACGGCUACACACAGGCAAAAGCGUUGAUCUACUCGAAAUACGGCGAGCCAAAGGAUGUCCUCAACCUUCACAAGCAUUCGAUCUCUGCUCCGCACGGUACCCAGGUGAACCUCCGUCUUCUCGCCGCGCCUAUGAAUCCCGCCGAUGUCAACCAGAUCCAAGGUGUUUAUCCUAGCAAGCCUCCGUUUGAGACGACGCUGGGAACUGCUGAGCCGUCGGCUGUGGGUGGUAACGAGGGAGCGUUCGAGGUCAUUUCAACGGGUGCGGGCGUGAAGAACCUGUCCAAGGGCGAUUGGGUCAUUAUGAAGCGCACUGGUCAGGGGACCUGGCGAACGCACGCUCAGAUGGACGAGUCACAGCUUAUCCGCAUCGAGAACAAGGAGGGCUUGACUCCCAUCCAGAUCGGUACUGUCAGUGUCAACCCGGUUACCGCGUACCGGAUGAUUCGUGACUUCUGUGAGUGGGACUGGAUGCGCGCUGGGGAGGAAUGGAUGAUCCAGAAUGGUGCCAACAGUGGCGUCGGACGCGCUGCUAUCCAAUUGAGCCGCGAGUGGGGUAUCAAGACUCUCAACGUAAUCCGUCAGCGGAAGACAACCGAAGAGACGGAGGCCCUCAAACAGGAACUCAAAGAUCUAGGUGCUAACGUCGUUGUGACUGAAGAAGAGAUGCUGAAUGGUGGUUUCCGGGAUAUGGUCAAAGAGGUUACUCGUCAGGGCCGGGAGCCCAUUCGUCUAGCCUUGAACUGCGUCGGUGGAAAGAAUGCCACGGCUCUGGCGAAGACUCUGGCUCCAGACUCCCAUAUGGUGACCUAUGGGGCCAUGUCGAAGCAGCCGGUUGCGCUACCCUCUGGCAUUUUGAUCUUCAAAAAUCUCGUGUUUGACGGAUUCUGGGUUAGCAAGUGGGGUGACAAGAACCCCCAGCUCAAGGAGAACACCAUCAAGGAUGUGCUCCAGCUUACCCGAACAGGCCGCUUCAAGGAUAUUCCUGUCGACAAAGUCGAGUGGAACUGGAAGUCCGAGGGCCCCCAGCUGGCCGAGAACGUGCAGGGCACUCUGGGUGGCUACCGCAGUGGAAAGGGUGUUUUCACCUUCACCGGCGGCGACGAGUAA